AUGCACAUGUAUGACAACUUGGUCCGCUUGCUCGUCUCUGACGCUUUUCUUGCUUGCCUUUUGCCCAUAGUUCUGUCUUUCGUCAGUCUGAAGCUAGUGGGAACACCGUCUUUUGCAGAGCUGCGCAACAUUCUCUCUGCCGUUUUUCGAGGGAAUCGCUCGACGCCGAAGCACUUCUCACUCGAGAGGGCAACUCUAUCAUACGAACAAUAUGUCCGACUUUCGCAGGCAGAGCUUGCGGUCAUGCGAUCCUCCUAUGAAAGGCUCGGCCGUGCGCACAAGCGCAUAGCACAAAAGCUUGGAUACCCUGAGAAGCUAGAUAGGCUGCAACAAAGCAUUCUGCUGAAUGCUAGGGUGACCGCUGGAAUCGCCGGUCUUGCUCGGAAGCAGUUUUCCUCCACUGGUGGUGAAGAUGUCUCAGAUAACCACGGCGAUCUGGGCAGGGUACGCGAGUCGCUGAAGCACUUUGUGCGAGAUUGGAGUGUGGAGGGCCAGCACGAACGCACCAGGAUAUUCGGACCUGUCCUGAAUGUUCUCAAGCAAGUCACAAGUGAGCAACGAGCAUCGACAAAGGUACUCGUCCCUGGCUCUGGCUUAGGCCGGUUGGCCUGGGAGAUAUCACAAUUGGGAUUUGACACGACGGCCAACGAGCUUUCAUUCUUCAUGAACACCGCCUUCCGUUUCCUGCUUUCUGAAGAGACGACACAGCACGCCAACCAGCAUGUCCUUCAGCCCUACGCAAGCUGGUUCUCGCACCAGCGAACCAACGACGUCCUAUUCCGCACCGUCGCCUUCCCCGACGUGACGCCCCGGCUGUCGGGGAAGUUGCACCUCGCGGAGUGCGACUUUCUCAGCUUGCGUCCGCCGCUACCCGCGCCACUCCACCACGAAGGCGCCGAUGAUGGCUACGACUACAUUGUCACGCUCUUCUUCAUCGACACCUCGCUGAAUGCAAUCCAGACUAUAGAACACAUAUACGCGCUCCUACGACCGGGCGGGACCUGGAUCAACCUGGGGCCCCUUCUCUGGACCGGCGGGGGCCAAGCGGCAGUCGAGCUGAGCUUGCAGGAGAUGCUGCAGCUCGCUGAGACGGUGGGAUUCAUAAUUCAUGAUGGUUUAGGCGAGGACAACCCUUGCAGGCCGAGGACAAUAGAGUGCGAAUACACCGCUGACCGCGAGGCGAUGAUGCGCUGGCUGUAUCAAGCGGAGUUCUGGGUGGCGACGAAGGCGCAAAUAUAA